UUUAGGCAGUUCGCUGUGACAUUGACUUGAACCAGAGAAGAAAGAGUGCCAGGAGAUCCAGUAGAAUUUCAAAUUUAAAAGAGAGCAAAAAAACAGGUAAGGACAAAAGAUUUCCAGCACAUGAUCAUUGGUUUCAGAACAUUAAAAAUGAUGUGAAACUGUUACUCCAUGACAUCAAAGAGGAAUAUCCGGACCUAAUUGCUUUGGGACAUCAUAGACGAAGGAGGAGAAAAUUAACAGGACAAAAGCAAGAAAAUGAAGUGAAGAGCAGAAGAGGGCAAAGAAAAACUGCAUCAACUGAGUCCACGUCCAAAGAACAUGAAACAAUGGAAAGUGGCAGCAAAAAUGCUUACUCCUGCAAGAUUUGCAAAAAAGGUUUCGAUACAGAAUUUGGCCGAGAUGUGCACGUACGAUCACACAAGACGUGUCGAGGCUGCAAGAAAAUCUUCCCAUUUCCGAGCACACUGAGACAUCAUAAACGUAAUUGUGCAAAACUCAAGAAAUUGUUGGCAGCCAGCUCUGAAGGCAAACCAGCUGAUAAAAGAGAAAACCGUACGGCAAGCAAAAAACAGGCCGCCAGUGAAGAGAGCACACGUUCCUCAAGCAGCAACAACAAUAAGGAGGGAAAUAAAAACGCGGGAAGGUACCCCUGCACGCACUGCAGCAAGUCAUUUGAUUUUCGGUUCAAGCUAAUAGAGCACAUCCGGAUUCAUACUGGUGAAAAGCCGUAUUCAUGCAGCAUUUGUCAAAAGACGUUCCGCAUUGCUCAAUCACUCAGAUUGCACAUGGUGAAAAGACACAACGACCAAAACACGGAAAUAAAUGGAGACCUAUAUUGGACCAAACCUUUAGAAGAGAUCGAAGAGAACACAGGGGGUUCAGUUUCUCCCCGCAAACACACGAGUGAGGAAAUUGUGCAAAACAAAGAAAGGCAUCAGUCAAAGAAAAGCUCCAGAUGGCAAACAAUGGGCGUGCGGCACAAUUAUGGCUUCAUGUGCUUAUCCUGUCACAAGGUGUUGAGGAGCAAAAUAAUCUUGAUUGAACACUAUCGCAUCCACACAGGAGAGAAACCCCUAAAAUGCGACAGGUGUCCUGCGAUGUUUCGUACUAAUGCGCAGCAGUACGUGCACAAAAAGAAGUGCCGCUCUCCACCGGCAGCUAUCCAGUGCAAGAAGUGUGGGAAACAAUUACCCUCACAAGAAGUUUAUGACAAGCAUGUGUCUAAAUGUAAAAAUUAGAUCUUGUCUAAAGGACUAAACCAAAGGACUCCUCUAGUACCAUAUCGCGCGCUAACAUCAGUACUAAUUACUUUGAGUAAAGGUGUCAUUACCUGACUGUGGACAUUGAAACACUGGAUUUUGUCUCUGGUGGCUUUAAAUUAAACUGUACUGUUUGUUUGUUUGUUUGUUUGUUUGUUUGUUUUUGUUUAAUACAAUUACAUGAUUGUCUUUCAUCUCCGGUGUAUUUUAAAACAAUACAUAAAACAUAAUAAUCCACAAUCAGGUGACGUAUGCUAUCGACAAAUUGGUAUGAAGAAAUGUCACUAAACUAAGAGUUACAGUUUUUUUAAUCCACCUAAAACUUUUUUCCACUAAUAACAUGAAAAUACAUUUUGGGGUUUAAGAAGUGGUUCAAACUAGUGCAAAUGUAUACUAACCCUCAGGAAUUUCAGUCUAAAUACUUCUAAAGAUGUUUUGGUUUUGUUUGGGUUUGUUUUAAAUAUAUUAAAUACCUCAUAAAUUGGGAUAGUUCUGUACUUCAAAAGUUCUGUAAAACCAACAUUACCUUAAAGCAGACCUGCACUUUGACCAUAAUAGUGACUGCAGUAGUUGUGGGAAUGGAUACUGAAAGAUACAUAGAUCCCUGCUUGCUAAACUCUAUUUUAAAGGCUUACCCUCUUGUUCUUGUUUAUAACUUGAGCUAAAUGCCAUUCUUGCUGUUUUGUGUUUAGCUUGUCCUGUUUUUGUCAGCAGGAAUUUGAGAAAUCGCACGACUUGACCUUUCACAUCAUCCCAAAUUGCCUGAUGUGCUUGAGUGCUUGAGCUUUUCAUGUUGACUGUAUUUACUGGAAAAAUCAGUUAUUCUAAAGGUUCAACUUGUUUUAUAUCUGAAAACAUUUCAUUGUUCUGAGGUUUUGAUACCUUUGCAAUUUUUAUACAGUUCUAAAUAUAUUUUGUACGUUUGUUCACUGUUUUUGUUUUUUGUUUGUUUUGUCCAAGUUUACAAAAAUAUGAAUGUUUUACCUUUUUAUCUGCUCCAAACCAAAUAUGUGUUUUUAUUUUGGUCGUGUGGGUUUUUCUUUUUAACCUAUAUGUAAUAGGUGAUCUUACAAGCCUGUUAUACUUUUUCUUUGUAACCGGACUGUAAUUGCUAGAUUGAAUCGUUGUCACUUUUAAAUAAAACCCCUAUUUUAUACCUUUUGUCAUUUAUGUAUUUAAUAUGAAUUUAGAGAAGAUUCAAAUUGCAGCAAUAGGGAUUUUCGAUGAAUACAAAUAAAUGUGCUCUGAACCAUUUAGCCUUGUUAUCGCGAGACUUGCGGCGGUGAUCACGUCGCAGUUACCAACCUGCUAGCUCAAGAAAAACUACAUUGAGUGUUGUUUUAAUGCUCAGUGAAGAUAUUUUCCCACCGACUACUGUCGGCCAUUACGGUCCUGUGCUUUUGGUCGUUUCUUCUUCAGUUGUGCUGUGAGCUUCAGGGCUGAAUAGUAAAGGCUACGCUUGAUUGGCUCCCGUGUUUACACGUUAACCGGAGGUAACGUUAGCUAGCUCGGUGUAACGGCACUAAACGCCUUGCCUGGUCACAGCCAGUUUCUCAACGCUAGACUGAAGUUAACUAUGUUUAUACUCUUCUUCCAUACAAACUGGCUUUUUACAUUACAGCAUAUUGCUUGCCAUCAUCGUGUGUAACACUAGCAGUAGCUUAAGUGAUAAACCAUAUAGGAGUUUUUGUGAUUAUUAUAACAUUACUAUGAAGCAGUACACAUUGUAGAUAUCGAGUUAUAAAUGCUGGCAGCUGUUAUAAAUGUCUGAUGGCGUAAUGCUGUAAAUUGGCUGUUUAGUAUGGCAGCAUCUCAUGGCAGUUCAUAGAUGCCACGGCAGAGGAGUGUAUAGCGGUAGCCACGUCGUCCGUCUACUCCCUCUGGAGGCAAACCACAGAAGAAAACAGCAGUGGCAACCAGCUGUUGUCAUUAAAACAGCAUCCACAAAACAAAGGACAAUGGAGUCUGUGAGGAGCGCUUUCCAUGCUCAGCUGGCCACCGUCAUGGACUCACUGCUGGCAGCAGCUGUGUGCGAGAUAGCCAAGAUCUUUGAGAGCAGCCUGUGUGAACAGCAGGCGGAGCUGGCGCAGAAAACCGAGGAGCUCUCCAUCCUCCGGUGUAAGCUGGAGAAAGUGGAGAGGAGGCAGAAGGCAAAGGGUGGAGGGAGCGAGGAAGGAGAGAUGUCCUCAGGAGACAGAGAGGGCAGCUUGAGGCAACAGACCCUGACAGGAUCAGGACUGAAUAUGGGAAAAGAUGUCUCUUCUCAUUCUGACCCAGUAGAAGGAGUCAGCCAGAGCCUUGGUAAACUGAAGGAGGAGGUCAAAGGUCAGGAUGGAGCUUCAGUAAAGCACGAGCGUGCUGGGUCACGGCCUGGCCUGGGGUCUUUCACAGCCCAAGCGCCAGAGAGAAGCCUCGCAGCUGGGGACGAGGUGCAGAUUGAUACCCUGACUGCUACACAAGCUAAGACAAAAUUAUCUCACUGGGAUCAGAGCAGUCGUGGUGCAGACCACAGACCCCUUCAGGAUCAAGCCUCUGCCCCAUUUCUCUCCAUCUCCCAGAGUGGGCGCUGCUCCCCCAGACCUGACCCUAGCCUAGCUCAACCAGGUGAGUGGUUACCUGGGUUGGACACCACCCGAGGUGGGGUGUCCAGUCUGGAGAACCUACAGGCAGACACAACCAGCUGCACUGGUGCAGCUAGCAGCAGCUCUGGCACAGAUGCGCCCUGCUUCAGGCCUGGUUUUGGCUCAGAUGAGACCAGUAACGAAGACGAUGACAACUCUUUCCCAUUUCUGGACCAGGAGCCUGAGAACCAGAACUCCAACCAGAAUGCAGAGAGGGGGGCCCAGCAGGAUCAAUCCCAAGCCCCACCUGGUGAGUCACUAUGGAGACCAAGAGACGAAAGGGGUGGGAGAGCCUCCAUGAAUAACACCCGGCGAGUCACAAAUUUUGGAAACAGAGACCCUCUCCGACCCCAGUCUAAUACACAGCUGCUCACUUUACGACACACAAACGCUCUUAGCCACAAUCCAGCUUCAAGUGGAGGGAACGGCCGACCUUACACCUGCCCAUACUGCACAAAGUGUUUUACGUACCCCUCCCACCAGCGCAGACACCUUUUACGCCACACAGGAGUCAGACUGCAUCCCUGUCAGUUUUGUGAAAAGAGCUUCCUCACUCCCUCUGAGCUCACUGUGCACACUCGCACACAUACAGGGGAGCGGCCUUUUGGCUGUGCUCAGUGUGGUAAACGUUUCGCCCGCAGCGGGAACCUGAGAGCACACCAACGAGACGUUCACAUGGGGAAGAGGCCCUUUGCUUGCACAGAGUGCGGAAAGAGAUUUGCCCACAGGGGAAACCUUAGGGUGCACAAUCACAGAGUCCACCAAGGAGAUCCCUACUAUAUGGAUAACCAGCAGGAGCCUGACAUAGUCCCAAAUCCCAUUUAAAAAGAUUUUUUAAAUUAAAAAAAUGGAUCUGCACUUUGAAUUUCAUUUGCACAAUAAAAUCUAAAAACUUCUUUGAAGGUUGCCUGUAUUAGUGAGCACUUAAAAUAGUUUAAAAUACUUCAGAUUUUUCUUUUAUUUGUUUCUGUUUCGAGACAAGUGUUAAAUUAAUUAUCCAAAGUUUAAGCUGCAUUUAUUGACCCACAGAAUCAAAGUUCGUUUCUAAAUGUUUUUUUCAGUUUUGACUUAUAAUUUUGGGUCCCGCAAAAAGAAAGCUUCUUAUUUUGCUGUAUUGUAAAUGAGUAGAUGUGAUUUUCCAAGAAUAAGAAACAUUGGCUGCUGAUGUGAAAAAUGUAAUAAUAAUGAUUCUCCAGGCUGACUUUAUCUUCCAGUGAUGUUCUUCCCUGAAUGUGGACAGUUGGUAAAUGAAUCCAAGCACCUUUUCAUUAUUUAAUGUGACAAAACUCCAAAAUAAUAAUAAUAAUAAUAUUUUUUGUAAAGCGAAUAAAGAAAGACUAGUUGGUAUUAGCUUAGGACAUGUGGCAUGCAGAGGUAGGAUAGCACAUCUGUUUCUUCACAUUUGUCCUGUACUGCCUAUCUCCUCAAACCAUUAAGUUGAAUGUAUUGUGAAAAAAAUGGAAAUGUGUUCCUUCAACAAGUCCAUAAUCAUGAUAUUAAAAAACAGUACUUUCCUUUAAUCUUGUUUUUGCAAAGUGAAAUUAAACACCGUAGUUAUGCAUUAACUUGUAUUUCUCCUAAGCCUGAAAAAUCACUUCACUUCAGUUUGGUUUUAGUUUGGCUGCACAAGUCUUUGUCAGACACUAGGGGGCAGUGCCAACACACAAAAGAGUUAUAGAAACAGCUUUGGACAGCUUUGCACAUUUUGAUAGUGUUGCCCUAUAUUUCAGAUCUUUUUCCCUGAUGCACGCACUUGUGUCAUCGUGCCAUCUCUCAAGCUGUGCUUGUUAGGCAAAAUCUAAACGAGAAUACCUCGGCUACUGGGUUUAGGUGCUCAAGACCCAAUUUCUCCUUAGCCGUUUGGCUUUAAAAGUGUGCAAAAACAGCAGUUUAAUUAUUGUCAGAGGGGCCAUUCUAUUUUUACUCCAGUCCAUAUCUUCAAAAGAUGUGCUGAAAGAUUUUGAGCCUUUCAUAAAACUAUAUUUGCAUAUGCUUUUAUGAACAACACCAUAAUAAGUCCCCGUGUGUGUUUUCUUCUCUCCAUAUAGUUCCUGAAAAAGUUACUUCCUAAUUGUGGAAGUGAGUGGAUACAGAACCCAGAUGUCUCAUUCUAUGUAAAAUGUUAAAAGGUAUUUUUCACUCUUAAUUAUUUAAGUUAAAUCAGAAUCCAUUAAAACUCGAAGUUGGUAUG